CAUUUAUUAAGAAGGAGGUAUUAGACCACUAGAUGAAUAGACAGGUACUGUUCGUAAUUUGUAUUUCGGAGAGAUUCUUGUGCGGCUUUUGAAGAUCUUUCCUCUUCAGAUUCAUGGCGGCAACCCAACCACCGCAGGCUCCGGAUCGUACCUCCGAAGAGAUACCAGCUGAACCAGAUAACAUGAAGGAGCAGGGUACAACAACUAUAGGUCAUUCAAGGGAGACAACAAGUCAAUCAGGAUCUUUAGGUUCAGGUGGAGAUUGUCCUGUAUAUCCUCCUAAUGUGUAUGCUCCCCAGGCCCAGGCUUUCUACUAUAGAGGUUUUGACAACGGCAAUGGUGAAUGGGAUGAAUAUUCUCCAUAUGUCCAUUCUGACGGAUUAGAAAUUGGAUCUCCUGGUGUCUACAGUGAAAAUCCAUCUCUUAUUUUCCACUCUGGAUAUGGCUUCAACCCUCAAAUGCCUUAUGGACCAUAUUCCCCAGUUACCACACCUUUGCCUUCUGUUGGCGGAGACACACAGUUAUACUCCCCUCAGCAAUUUCCAUACUCUGGGCCACCUUAUUAUCAUCAGCUGGUUCCUCCUAGCUUAUCAUAUCUUAAUUCACCUACUCCAGUUUCACAGCCAGAGCUCACCAACCUGGUAGGUAUUGACCAACAAGUUGAUAACAUGUUUUUUGGACCAAGAGCAGGAUAUCCAUCAGUGGGAUCUUUUGGUAGAGGCAGUUUUCCGGUUGCCCCUGGUUCCUUCAGCUUUCAUGAAUCGCAACAAGGAUUUGAAGGAUCAAGAUCCGGUGGAAUCUGGUCAGAUUGCUCAAAACCCUCGGAAAGACAGAGAUCUUUGAUGCCUCUAUCGCCAUCUAUUUCUCCACAGCCAAUGGGCUCACUUGGGUCAUUUGGGCCUAGUGUUGGAAUGGCUUCUCAUCAACAUCAAUCAUUAUAUGGAUUUGGAUCUGGUUCAAACUCCUAUGGCAGGGGCUACCUGCCUAACCAGGGUUCUAGCUUUGGAGGCACUUCCAUUUCCAAUCUCAAUGUUAAUGAUAGGAGUUGUGCUUCUUUUGAAAAUAGCAGACGACAAGGGAGGCCAAUAGCUUCUCUGUGCAAUUGUAAUGGUACUCUUGAUAUCCUUAGUGAGCAGAACCGAGGACCAAGGGCCUCAAAGUUGAAAAAUCAAAUUUCAGCUGAAAAUAAUUCUGUGGAUAAUGGUAAAAAUAGUGCACCUAUUGCCAAGUUCCAAAAUGAAUCACUCAAUCGCUCAGAUUUUGCCACAGAUUACAAGGAUGCCAAGUUUUUUGUCAUCAAAUCUUAUAGUGAAGAUAAUGUUCACAAGAGCAUUAAAUAUGGUGUCUGGGCUAGUACACCAAAUGGAAACAGAAAGUUAGAUGCUGCUUAUCGGCAAGCAAUGGAGAAGCAAGAUGCCUGUCCUAUAUUUCUCUUUUUUUCGGUAAAUGCUAGUGCUCAGUUCUGUGGGGUAGCUGAAAUGGUUGGACCUGUCAAUUUUGAUAAGAGUGUAGACUUCUGGCAGCAAGAUAAGUGGAGUGGGCAGUUUCCUGUGAAGUGGCACAUAAUUAAAGAUGUUCCGAACAGUCAGUUUCGUCACAUUGUUCUUGAGAAUAAUGAUAACAAGCCUGUAACUAACAGUCGAGAUACUCAGGAGGUGAAGUUGCCACAGGGGAUUGAAAUGUUGACCAUUUUUAAAAACUAUGAAACUGAUGUGUCCAUCCUGGAUGAUUUUGAAUUCUAUGAAGACCGGCAGAAGGCUAUGCAAGAAAGGAAGAACAGGCAGCAAAGCAGCAUGAUGGCUACAGGAUUAGUUGGAGAAAAUGAACAUAGGAAUGCUGUUAACACUACUGGUGAUUUCAUGAAGCAGAUGUCAAAGAGCUUUGCUCUAGUUGUCCGCUUAGAUGAGAAUAACAACGAAGUAGUUGCUGCGGACAGAGAUAGUUUAGUCUCUCAUGGUCCCAUUGGCAAUGUAGUUAAACCUGAUGAUGGUCAAUCAGUGACUGCUGCUUCGACCCAAACCAAUUAGGAAGAUGUGCCGGUUGUGCCAAGAAUGUUGUUCACAUUUGGUGAUUGAAAAUCGGAAUCAUCCUCGCUUUAUUUCAUUACUUUUUCCAAACAAGGUAGCGUUGCUGUUGUUAUUCAAGUUACUGGAGUCUAUGUGGUUUUAUAAACGAGGUUUUUACCUUAAAGAAUAGGUUUCAUGUAUAAAGUGUCUCCUACACUGCGUCAACUAAAAUUGUUGUUUUAGUUACACCACCAACAAAAAAAACUUCUGCUCAUUGAGCACAGUUUAGAUUUUAAUCGUCACUUUUGUUUAAUAAUUUUAGGAUUGUUUUAGGCGUGUUCCAUUUGUAAAAUUUUCUCUUCACAAGCAUUUUAAUAAAAGCAGCAAAUCACCUUGAAAA